AUGAACAAAUGUCCAACAUAUAAUUAUAUACUAGUAUUCAUCAUUUUAGGAUAUGUCGAGUGUGGUGAUAAUCUAAUCAACACACAUGAAAAUGUUGGAGAUGAAAUUUCAGAUGAAGAAGAAGCUAAUUUUGAAGUAACUGAAGCCAGUUAACAAAAUCAAAAUCAAACACCAGAACAACAACCUACACAUUACGGACUUCAACCGAUAGCUCCAGUACAGUACUAUGGGCCACCUAUAGAACAACAUGUACCGACACAGUACUAUGGAUAUACUCCCCAUUACACACCAGUAGAACCUAUUCAACCAGUACUCAUACAACAAAUUCCUAUUGUUGUAUCCCAACCCCAAUAUUAUCAAUUAUCACCUUACCAACCAUACCCGACUCAAACUUUACAGUAUGGUCCAUAUCAACAAUAUUAUCCUGAAUAUCCACCUACACAUUAUCAAUCAGAUAUACAAUCAUACCAACAAUACCAACAAUAUGAACAACCACAAACUAUACCAGUGGAACCCCUACAAACAGAAAUUCAAUACUCCCAUCAAUUUCCAAGUCCACAAUCGUAUCUACCACAACCUCAGCAUGUGGAUCCUUUACCAAUUAAACAAUUACAACCAGAAAGUGUUCCAGUUCAAUUGGGAUCUGAUUAUGAAGAACAUUUUGAACCUAUUAGAGGAUUAGUGAAGAUCAAAUUUUUGAAGAGAAAUGAUGAGGGAAAGUUAAUUGAAAUGACUGGUGAUGACUUUAGAGAGGCAGGGAACGAUGCAGAGACAUUCAUAGGCCAAAAAGAACAUACUCGUCAUUAUUAACGUAUUUUAAAGGAAGGAACAGUUUUACCAUUAUUCGUAAAAAUGUAUUUCUAUUAAUCAAAUUAGUUGAUGGUAAAUGGACAACAAUUUCCAGGAGAAUCCCAGAAUAUAUUAAAUUUUACACACAAGAUGAUGAUGGUAGGGAUGUUUUAAUAACUGAAGAGCAUUAUGAUAUUGGUCUUACUGGUGACGUAUCAUUGAAAUAUAAGUUCGGUAAGAAUAGAAUUUGUACUAAAAUUAUAGUUAAAGAAGAAACGAUUUGGGUAAAGACACCCGAAGAUUUUUAUCCCAAAGCAGUGUAUUUAACUCCUAAUAGAAAUAUUCUGAUUGAUUUCAAUAAAUAUAAAACAAAAUUCAAAAAAUUGGAUGGAAAGUACUUUCAAAGCUUCACAACAAAAAUUUUAGAAGAUGAUAAAUAUAAAUAA